AGUGAGGGUUUAUCGAAGGAAAGGCCCAGCGUCUGUCUGUUCACACUUACUCAUCCAUUCGUCUUCGGAUACCUUGUCUUGCAACUCUGCCAUUCUCGUUUUCUGCACUGUUACUUAUCACAGUACCACUACUGUCACCACACCUCUUAAUCUUGUUUUCUUCCGUACUUCUUCACACCAUUUCCGCCCCUGUUUGCAGCUCCACCUUCUAAAAAAUGAACCCAUUUCGGAUCACCCAUUUCCAAAUCCAAUGACUCGUAAUAAACCCGAAUUUCAAGCCCAUCCACCUCGUACCCGCCGCCUUUCCUCAUGUCACCUCCACCCGGCUGAUCCGGCCACCGGCAUUUGCGCUUCUUGCUUACGCGAGCGACUCUGCGGCCUCGACUCUUCCGCUGACCUCCUCGAACCCUCUUCUUCUGCUGCAGUCAUCCCGUCUCUCGGCAAUGGCGACCUCGCCGGAGCUGGACCAGUUAAUUGCCUGAACAAAGCUGCAGCCGCCACGUCGUCUCCGGAGUUGCGCCGUUGUAGGUCUGUUUUUACUGCUAAAUGCGAAGCUUCCACCAGCUUCGCCGAGCCCAGGCGCAGGUCCUGCGACGUUAGGGCUCGAAACGUGAAAAGUCUGGCCCAUCUGUUUGAUGUGGACGAUGAAUGUAGUAAUGGAUCUAACAGGGAGUCCAAGGUUGAAUCCAAGAACAUUACCACGGCUGCUGCUGCUGAGUUCGGAGAAGAAAUUAAAGUAGAAAAUGCAGGAGGAAACAGGGAUCCCCAUGUUGCAUUCAAUGGGGACGAGGAGGAGGAGAAGGAGGAUGAUUUGGAAGAAGGAGAGGUCAAGACGAUGAAAGAACACAUAGAUCUAGAACUGCAGAGCAAGGGCCAGAGGUCGAAAGAUUUUAAGGAAUUAGCUGGAAAUAUAAGGGAGGCAGCUUCUGUUUUCAGCAAGAAAUUGCAAAAAUGGAAGCAGAAGCAGAAGAAAAAGGUUCUUUAUAGCAAUGAUGGAGGCACUGUUGGUGGGAUUAAUUGUGAAGUAAAUGGUCCAAAAGGGAAGAAAUUGGAGGAAACUCAGUCUGUGGCUGCGGAUUAUGCAAUGGGCAGGAGAUCUUGUGAUACAGAGCCUAGGUUUUCUGUUGAUGCUGGGAGAUUGUCUGUGGAGGGCGGGCGCAUUUCGAUUGAUGAGCCGAGAGCUUCUUGGGAUGGGUAUUUGAUCGCUAGGACUAUUCCCAGGCUUGCUCCGAUGUUGUCAGUUGUGGACAAUGCGAUUUUAAGUGGCGGAAAUAGGAUUGAUCAUCAUAGAGUAUCUGUUGACGGGCAAAUGCAUUCGAUAAUGGAAGAUGAGACCAGUUCUGGAGGGUCAGCUCAGUCUAAUUCGGAUUCCUCGUCUUCUCAAAGGCGAAGUAGUUUUGAUAGGUCAAGCUCUGUUAGGAGUUUUGGGAAGAAGAUGGCGGUAUUGGAUGGGGAUUAUGCGAAGGCCUCUCCUGGAAGGCUGGUAAUUACGGAGAGGGAAUUGAAAGAUUGGCAUUUGAAUUCGAUCAAAGAUGAUCACAAGAAGAAAUUUGAAUCUUUUUCCAGGGAGAACUCUCCUGCUCUUGAAGAUAGAAGUAAUUUGGGGUCAAAGAAGCCUGUUAGGUGGCGAAGGGUGUUGAACGUGUUUGGUUUCAAGCAAAAGUCCUGUGAAAACAAGUUUGAAAAACCAAUGGGGGAUUGUUCACCUGCUCAGGCUUGUGAGAAGCAAGAAAAGGAGGCUGGUGAAGAAAUCAAAGCUGCCACUCAUUGGAAGCUUAUGAGGAGCAGUAGCAUUGUUGGUGCAAGACGUUCUUGUGAGGUGAUCAGGUCAAGUAAUGGUAUGAUGAGUCUUGGUGAUGAUUCUGACUGGGCCAACAGGAGCCGGGAAGAAUUUGUGCUGGGACGAAAUCACAGAGCUGCAUAUGCUUCAAGCAAUUUGGAUGAUGGUGUUUUACCAUUUUAUUUGACACCCUUGAGGACCUCCAGGAACGGGAAAUCGAGAAGGGACAAGCUGCAAGACUCACAUUUUGUUGAUGGUAGUCUUUUACGGCUCAACUGAAUAUUAAAAUUUCUGAGUGCGCAUUGAGUUAAUGCUAUGACUUUGUAAGGAUUACUAGUUGUUUCUCUUCUUGUUUAUGGGUGAUAGCAAGGCAGGACCAGCAUGUUGUAACUCUACUGCUUUUAGGCAGUAUCCAUGACAUAAUAAUACGAGUUACAGCAUUUUUGUGUCUUGGUUUUCCACAUGUUUGUUCCUUUUCAUUGUUGGGCUCUUAUUAUGCCUAAGAAAUAGUGAAAGUUACCAGCAGCAAUAUGUGCUUUGAUGA